AUGAUUCGACGUCCUCUAAGUUCAUUAAAACUUAAACAAACGGAUAUUGAAGAAAUGGAUGCAAACAUGUCUCGUGUUCAAAAACCAAAAGAAAGCACAACAAUUAGCGGUACAACAAGUGAAGUACACAAAGAGGGACAAACAGAAAGACAGGAUGAACCACAAAAAAUGGAUACUUCUGAAGAUUCUUGA